UCGAUCCGGCGCAUUCAUUCCAGCAUAGACCUUUGCGGAUCAUGGAUGAGUCUCUUUACGAUGAGUUCGGUAACUACAUCGGCGGUGCCGUGGACGAUUCCGAUGAUGAGGAGAUGAUGUCGCCGCCAGCCAAUGCGCCUGCAUAUGAUGACUUUGAUGAUCUGGAAGAAGGAUACGGUGCGGAAGCUGCGGAGGAUGAGCUUAUGGAGGUUGACGAGGGUACUUCCACCGCGGUGGUAUUACAUGAAGACAAGCAAUACUAUCCUUCGGCGGAACAAGUAUAUGGAGAAGACGUUGAAGCAUUGGUUCAGGAGGAGGAUGCGCAACCUUUGACGGAGCCAAUUGUUCAGCCUAUCAAGCACCGCAAAUUCGCAAUUGAGGAAACGGAUCUGCCGGAGACAUACUACUCGAGAGAGUACAUGAUGGACCUGAUGAACUUUCCUGAUCAGGUACGGAAUGUCGCCAUUGUCGGCAAUUUGCAUCACGGAAAGACCAGUCUGAUGGAUACGUUGGUUGCGGAGACACAUGAAGUCAAGGUGGAUGUCGACAAGCCUCUGAGAUAUACGGACACGCACCACUUGGAGCAGGAGCGGGUUAUGUCGAUCAAGAGUGCACCAAUGAGUUUGGUCAUGCAGAACCUGAAGGGCAAGUCGCAUCUUCUCAACAUAAUCGACACUCCAGGACACGUCAAUUUCGUCGACGAGGUGGCUGCGGCUGUACGGUUGGCGGACGGUGUUGUCCUUGUGGUGGAUGCGGUUGAGGGUGUCAUGAUUAACACGGAACAGGUGAUUAAGCAUGCUCUCGGUGAGGGUCUGCCGUUGGUGCUUGUCAUAAACAAGGUAGAUCGAUUGAUUCUCGAGCUGAAGCUACCGCCUGCCGAUGCAUACUUCAAGUUGAAGCAUACAAUUGAGGAGGUUAACACCAUUAUCAACAGUGUAGCACCAGGUCAGGAUAACAGAUUAUCCCCUGAGCGUGGCAAUGUCUGCUUUGCUUCGACGCAGAUGCACUGGAUCUUCUCGCUUAAGUCGUUCUCGAAGAUGUACGCGGACACUUACCCUGGCAUCGUCGUCGAGGACUUUGCCAAGCGUCUUUGGGGUGACAUCUACUACACGCCCUCAACACGGAAGUUCACCCGCAAGUCUCAGGGCUCCGACUCGAAGCGCACGUUCGUUCACUUUAUCCUCGAACCACUGUUCAAGCUCUACGGUCAGACGAUUGGUGAGGACAAGGUCACGCUACGGAAAACUCUCGCUGGUCUCGGCAUCCACUUGAAAGACUCCCAAUACAAGAUGGAUGCCAGGCCUCUGCUGAAGGCCGUUUGUGAGCAGUUCUUCGGUAGUGCGGCAGGGUUCGUCGACAUGAUCGUCGAACACAUCCCAUCACCGCUGGAGGCAGCUAAGGCUAAGGUUGAGAGGAUUUACACUGGACCGAUGGAUGCCGAUGUUGCUGAGGCGAUGAUGAAGUGUGACGCCUCUGCUGAUGCUCCACUGAUGAUUCAGAUCACGAAGCUGUAUAACAACACUGAGGCGACCGAGUUUCAUGCCCUUGGACGGGUAUUCAGCGGUACGAUCAGCCGAGGACAGCAGGUACGUGUUCUUGGAGAGGGCUAUACUUUGGAUGAUGAGGAAGACAUGGCUGUGGCCACGGUGGGAGAUGUCUGGAUCGCGGAGUCACGAUACAAGGUGCCUGUUGAUCGGGUACCGGCAGGUAAUUGGGUAUUGCUCGGCGGCAUUGACAACUCGAUCGUCAAGACAGCAACGAUUGUGUCGAAAAACAUGGAAGAGGAUCCUUAUAUCUUCAGUCCGCUUAGACAUAUGACACAGCCGGUAUUGAAGAUUGCGUGUGAGCCGGUGAAUCCGUCCGAGCUGCCGAAGAUGUUGGAUGGAUUGAGGAAGAUUAACAAGAGUUACCCGUUGGUGUCGACGAAGGUGGAGGAGUCUGGUGAGCAUGUGGUGCUUGGUACUGGUGAAUUGUACAUGGAUUGCGUUCUCCACGAUUUGCGGAAGUUGUAUUCUGAGAUUGAGUUGAAGGUUUCUGACCCAGUUGUACGAUUCUGCGAGACGGUGGUGGAGACUUCAGCGUUGAAAUGUUAUGCCGAGACGCCAAACAAGAAGAACAAGUUGACGAUGGUUGCGGAGCCUCUGGAUAAGGGUAUUGCGGAAGACAUUGAGUCGGGUAAGGUCAACAUCAAGUGGCCAAUCCGACAAGUAGGAAAGUUCUUCGAGGAGAACUAUCAGUGGGAUUUGCUUGCUAGUCGAUCGAUCUGGGCAUUUGGACCUGAUGACCAGGGCCCGAACAUCUUGCAGGACGACACUUUGCCAUCCGAGGUUGACAAGAAGCUGCUGAAUAGUGUUCGGGAGUCGGUGAGACAAGGUUUCCAAUGGGGUACAAGAGAAGGACCGCUCUGCGAUGAGCCCAUUAGGAACGUCAAGUUCAAGGUCUUGGACGCAGUACUGGCACCGGAGGCUAUUUACCGUGGUGGUGGACAGAUCAUCCCAACCUCGAGACGUGUCUGUUACUCGUCAUUCUUGACGGCAACUCCUCGGUUAAUGGAGCCUGUGUACGCAGUUGAGGUGCAAGCUCCCGCGGAUUGUGUUUCGACUGUUUACAACGUUCUUGCACGGAGAAGAGGGCAUGUUACGCAGGAUAUUCCUAAACCAGGAUCACCCUUGUAUACCGUGAAGGCAUUCGUUCCCGUCAUCGACGCGAACGGUUUCGAGACAGAUCUGCGCACGCAGACUCAAGGUCAAGCAUUCUGCCAGCAAGUCUUUGAUCAGAGAUGGCAGAUCGUACCUGGUGAUCCACUUGACAAGAACAUCGUCCUGAGACCCCUGGAACCGGCGACAGCACAGCAUUUGGCAAGGGAUUUCAUGAUCAAGACGAGGAGAAGAAAGGGGUUGUCAGAGGAUGUUUCUGUGGCGAAGUACUUUGAUGUGGAUGAUCCGAACCUUAUGGCGGCCAUUUUGUCGAAGUAA